CGGUCGUUGAAGUACAACAUAUCGACCGCCGCCGCCGCCGCUUGAGCAGAAUGUGGACCCGCGUGAACUUGAAGAAGGAGACCGUGGUGGCGGACUCUCGGCAGGCCAAGGCAUAUCGGCGGGCAUGCGACGACUUCUCAAACGCGUUCAUGGAGGGAAAGUAUGUACGUGCGCAGUGAUCGCGCGACGAUCAUCGCAACGUGGACAGCGCGUUUCAGUCGACUCCCACGACGAUGUGUAGGCACACGUUGCAGGAACUCCUCAACGAAACGAUGAGCGAAGGGCUUUUGGUGUUUAUUUCCGACCACAUGCAUCCAUCCAUGCGAAGCGCACUUCACCAUGCCGAACGCGUCCACGAGUGUGUCGCACUGGCGUUGGGAUUGAGUCAAGACCCGUCCAAGCUUGUGUCGAGGGCAACACAAGAUUUGGCGCUAGGCUUGACGCUGCUGCUGAACACGAAGAGCACGAUUGCGCAAUGCUGCACGACAUACCAACCUGGGCAUGCCGACCGGUGCACUGGCCUUUGGGCGUGGUGCUUUGACGCGAUGGUUGACGCUGUUUCGGCUAAGGCAAAAUUUUACCUUCCCAACGACGAUGACGACCCAGUCGGCCGCAUGUGCGUUGCCUUCGCCACGAUCAUUCGCCACGUUGUCAUGAACUGGAACAAGGGCGCGUGCGUGCUGUACCACCUGAGCCAGCACCCGGCGCAUGUCCGCUUCAUGUUGGACCACGUCGAGUACGACGACAUGCGUGACGCGAUUGUUCGUUUAAUCUACUGCGAUCAUUCGUACGCCACGAUGGAGCUCGUGAAAGGGGCCAAGAUCAUCUCGCUGCUCCUCCAACGCCUCACGUCCUUGCCAUGGUCCGCCGACAAGGACAACGUCGAGAGCGUCCUGUGCUCACUGAUCUUUGCGCCGUACAUUUCGCCUCGCGGCGACUUGAUUUUUGUCAAGUCGAUUCCGAAAGACAAAUUGACGGGCGAGCCCGACUACGUCCAGCUGUGUGGUACAUCGCGAGACAUGGCGUACACCCCCAUGCGCCUCUUUACGUCCAGGAAAAUUCGUCACUUGGUACACAUGGUGAUGGAACAGCACCACGUGCCUUCGAUCGCCCAAGGCAUGCUGGAUGAGUUUUCGCACUACGGUCUGACGACAGCCCGAGUGUCGUUUGGGUGUACCCGCCACUUUACCUCGCUGUGCGAGCUCGUGACGACAGUCGAAUUUUCCGAACGAACAGGGAAAGGCCACAUUGGAAUCGAAUGCCAGUACAUGCACUGCCAAACCCACGUGAUGGUACAAGGCAAGCUGGUCGUGAAUGGCCAGCCCAAUGUUCCCGUGGUACUCAAUUGUAUGUUGGGUCUGAGCAUCGAACUGCCCGACGCGGCGCCGCAAAUCGUCGCAUUGGAAAUCAUCACGUCUGUCGAAGCCAGAUCGAGCAUGGAAGUCGUCGUACAUUGCAAAGGCCGAGACGAUGUCGUCCUGACCACUGCAUCCAGAGCUGACAAAGAGAUGUGGAUCACCCAUUUCGAAAACGCUCUCAAGGGCAACGUCGACGAACUCGACAUCUUUUGCAGCGACGACUGGAAGUCCAACAUUGAAGAGUACCAAGGCCUUCGGCUCGCUGUCGUUGAAACGAUGGAGCAGCGGGCGGUGGAGCUGUCGUUGCAUGUCAAGGCGAUGGCUGGAGCUGCCGCAUGGCCGUUGCUGCACCUGUGCGACUUGGUCCAAGCAAUUGUUGGGAUGCAGUCAAAGCGAAUGGACACCAUGCUCGUGGCUUGCGGCCUCGUUGACUGGUUGCUUGAUGCCUACACGACCGUCCACACGAGCUGGAUCCUCACUCGUGUGUCUCAAAUCGUCGUAUUUUAUCUGAGCGAUCCCAACUGCAAACGCAGCAGAACGUGCCCUGUCGUCGCACACGUCAUGGAGCACGGCCCGAACAAGUUGCAACGGGGGCCGUCUGGCUUUACCCAGUGCAUCUUUGAAACCAUCGACCAGUGCUUGCAUGUGCCGCACUCGAACAGUUCGUUGCGGGUCGGGCAAUUGGCGUCGGAGAGCAAGGCAUGGAUGGACAUUCUCCAUGACGUGGUGCCACGAGCCGAACCACUCCAUCCAUCGGCGAUUCCGUCGAUUUUGAAAUCGGCAGCGUUUUCCCGCCCCCCCGCGUUUCAAAAAGAUAUCUUGGACCUCCUCGCCCAGCCGUCCUUUGCAUCGUACGACAUUGGCUCUUCGUUUCUGGUCGGCAACGGCUGUGUGUUUGGAUACGUCUACAAGCAAGAGGGCCAUUACUGGAAGCGGGCGCUGGUCGUGUUUGAACAAUCGUCGUAUAAACUGUGGUCGUUUAUCCCGUCGCAGCAAAAGCAAUACGCCGCCAUCAACUGGCAAUGGAUGGUGCCGACGUCAGUUGUGCCGCACUUCUGUCAAGGCGAAGACGAACUCCACACGAGCAUCGGCCACCACGGGUUCGACGUCAUGUCGGAUGCCCAGCACAACAACGUCACGUGGAAUUUUUGCACGACGGCCUUGCACGAACGCGACGAGUGGCUGCAAGUGCUCGAGACGGCCGCGGCCACGAUCGCCGCGAUCGCGCAACACACUAUGACAAAACCCCCAUCGAAAGGGUCCAGUCGCGAGUGCGUCGGCUGCCAAGUGACGUUCCACGUGUUUCGACGGCCACAUCCGUGUCUCCGAUGCGGGCGACCAAUGUGCUCCAAGUGCACCAAGAAUUACAUGAAGCCAAUUCCUGAAAUGGCCAUCCACACACCGGUGUGCCACUGCCAAGAAUGCUUUGAAUCGACGGGCGGCGCCAUGUCGGAGAUGUUUCCAACGCUCAUUCAAGGCGGAAGUCCAUCGUCCAUGAAUGGCAUGGACGGGAGCGCGGCGAGGGACGUGGACCGCGUCGGCCCAGACCUUGACAGCAUCAACAAAUCGAGGCAAUCGGGGUCCAGGCGCCAGCUCUACCACAUCGACAUCACGACCGAGAGCGAUCACUCGGUCGAAGACGAUCUCGAGUUCUCGAGCACGCGGGGCGUCACGUUUCCGACGACGCCACUUGAGGUCGAAGACGAGCCGUUUGCAUUUCCUCCCAGUCCUCCCACUGCCAAAUAGAAUCCCGUCGAGGUGACGACCUCCCACGCCAUCGGUAGCUCUGAAAAAAACGACAACCGGUCCACCAAACACCGUGCCAAUUGUUUUGGCGGUGCUUGAGUACACACUUCACGUCGAC